AUGGGAUGGUUUAGAAGAUCUUCAAGACUCAUAUACGAUGCUUUUCAUAGCUGCAAACCUGACACUCUUAUUCCCAGAAACCCUAUUCAACAAUCGAUUUCAAGAGCAAAUUUGCACAGUUUUGCUUCUAGACCAGGUUUGAGCAGUUCGAGAAUCUCUCAGUUUUCCCAAUCAAUCUUCAGAAACACAUUUUUGCAGAAUGGGCUCAAACAAAACCCUUUUCUUGGUGGUGCAAAGAGGUUUUACUAUGUGGAUAGGAAACAGGUUUACCACUUUAAGCCCAGAGGGUACAAACGAUGGAUUGAAAAUCCAAGAAAUGUAUUUGCAGUCAUUUUGCUUGGUUCUGGGGUUGUUAUUACUGUAUACUUUGGUAAUCUAGAGACUGUACCCUACACCAAAAGAACCCAUUUUGUUCUUCUAUCAAGUACCCUUGAAAGAGAUUUAGGUGAUAAUCAGUUCAAGCAGUUGAAAAACCAGUUCAAAGGGAAAAUACUGCCCCCUCUCCAUCCUGAGAGUAUUAGGAUUCAGAGUAUAUCACAGGAUAUAAUUCAGGCCCUACAAAAAGGUUUGAGCAAAGAGCAGGUUUGGAGUGAUAUCAGAUAUUCGCCCGAGAGCGUGGCUUUGUCUCAUGAGGGCUAUGGGCACGAAAGCGUGAAGGCAUUGAGUGAUAAAAUGGUGGAUCAGGAAAAAUGGCAGGGGGAGGACAAGUGGCACAAGGAGGAUGAGGUUCUUGAUGAUCAGUGGGUUCUGCAGAGUAGGAAAAAAGGCCAUGAGAAGGGCAUGAAAUCUCAGACAGCUCAUUUGGAGGGACUUAAAUGGGAGGUUAUCGUGGUUGACGAGCCUAUGGUUAAUGCAUUUUGUUUGCCUGGUGGCAAGAUUGUUGUUUUCACUGGGUUGCUUAAGCAUUUUAGGGCGGAUGCUGAGGUUGCCACAGUUAUCGGGCAUGAGGUUGGUCAUGCUGUGGCGAGGCACUCGGCAGAACAGAUCUCAAAAAAUCUAUGGCUAACCAUCUUGCAGUUGAUACUUUACCAGUUUUUCAUGCCAGAUAUUGUCAAUACUAUGUCCAAUCUUUUCCUGAGGCUUCCUUUUUCUCGAAGGAUGGAGAUGGAGGCGGAUUACAUAGGGCUGCUGUUGAUUGCCUCGGCUGGAUAUGAUCCUCGGGUGGCCCCACAAGUGUACGAGAAAUUGGGACGUGUAGCUGGCGAGUCGGCUUUGCAAGAUUAUCUUGCCACUCAUCCUUCUGGGAAAAAGAGGGCUCAAGUGCUUGCCCAAGCUAAAGUCAUGGAGGAGGCACUUUCCAUAUAUAGAGAAGUACAAGCGGGACGUGGGGUCGAGGGUUUUCUUUGA